AUGAGAAAUACGGAACUCCGCGGGACAAUUUCAAGAGAUCGUCACUUCACCGCACGUGCCUUACCCUAUUUGUUCGAGGGAACAGACAAUAUCAAGAAAGAGAUCAUGACCAAUGGCCCAACCUCGGCUUCAUUCUCUACGUAUGAAGACUUUUCUUCCUACAAGUCUGGUGUCUACAAGCAUACGAGUGGCGGAUACCUUGGGGAUCAUUCUGUUGAGAUCAUUGGCUGGGGUACCGAGAAGGGAGUUGAUUAUUGGCUGGUUAUGAACUCCUGGAAUGAAGGAUGGGGUGACCAUGGCACCUUCAAAAUAGCCCAAGGAUCACAGAAUAGGUCACAUGUCCUGGACAUAUGUCCAGAACUGUACCUUGGUAUUGACCUCAACUUUAUUCAUUGA